ACAAUACGAAGGAAAGAACGAAGGAAUACACAAUACACAAAAGAUCGCACGCCAUUUCUUAUCACCUUCAACCCCGCUCUUCGUAAAAUAUUUUCAGUUCUAAAAAAACACCUUAACAUCCUUCAGUCCUCCCUUGCCUAGUCCCUAUACGGCGUCUUUCCAGGCCCUCUUGGUCAGUGCAUUUCGGUGACGUAUCCGAGACGAACGGCCGGGAGACGCCUAGACAAUCUCGGAGUGCGCAUGCGUGAGCAUUUUUUUUUUUUUUUGGUAUUUUUGAAAAGUUCACACGUUCAACUGAAAUAAUCUAUAAAUAACUUUGCGUGUGAAUAUCCUUCGCUUAAAGAUCGGGACUAUUGACACUAUUACAAAAAGAACCAACCUGGUUUCUGUUAUUAAAGAACAAAAAUAUUACUUUGAAUCGGAAAGAAUACUACUGUAUAACGUGCAAGUAAUUUCUCUUUUAGUUCAUUUUCAAAUGAACCAUUAAAAUGAUAUUUUUUUAUUGAUAAAAAGAUUUGAGACAGUAGUUUGUUGAAAUUCUACCAAAUUUAGAGAUUAGUUUGAUAAGCUUCCAAAUCCAAAAAUUAAAUUUCAUAAAAUAUUUCAAAGUAAAAUGAUAACGAGAAAUUUAUGGGAGCAAGCGAAAAUAGAGAAACGAAAGAUAGCUUUUCAUAUCCAAGACUAAAUAUAAACUUACCUUCCGAUUCUUGAUCAAAUAUUUUUUUUGCGACCCUGUUUCGCUUAGCCUACAAAUAGUUUUUGAGAUGAAAUAAAGUUCAAAUUAGUUUAAUAAUGAGAUAAAUGAAAAAGAAAGGCCAAAGGACUUUCAACAAUGAAUACGUGCAUAGAAUAAAAAUGCUCGGUUUACCUCUUUAUCUUCUGUAACCUCCAUGGCUGCUGGACAUCUUUUAUCAGCGCGGAAAAGUUAUUGACAGGUCGCCCGAUUCCAAAAGCUCCGCCGCAAGUGAGACAAAAUGUCUCACUUCUCCGAGUUUGUCUUAGCCUCAAAAACUUUCUCGGACCAGGUGACCCGAAACGCAUCGGCCGCGCGUAAUAAUGAGGCCUAGGGACUAGGCAAAGUCCUCCCCUAACUGCAAAGACGUCUUCCCUUUUCCGCCAGUUACUGUUUACAGACGUCACGCAAGCCUUCGUGACCUUUUGGUACACUUCACGCUCCACAACAGCACAUUUCACGCGCAACAACCUGCCGGAGUUUUUAAAUGCAACCAUCCACGCUGUCUCACCUGUCAUUUCCUCCAGGAAGGAGAAACAAAUUACGUCUUUACCGCAGCUAAAGAACAAAGAAAAAUCACUGACCACUUAUCCUGCAAAUCCAAAAAUCUUAUCUACUUAA